CAUCAUGCAACUGGUGAUUCAAGAUGGCGACCUCCUGUGUGCGUUUGCUGUUCGACGUGGCGCUGCACGGUUCAUGCAGUUAUUUGUGAAUUAGGCCUAUAUAGUGAAGUCUGCAAUGAAAUAGGAAAGUUUUUAUCUGUAGACAAUUGAGACGUGAAUUUUCAAGAUGAAAAUAGUUCUGAUGGUGGCCGAAAAGCCUCAACUGGCACAUUCACUGGCUAAGAUUUUGUCUCGCGGCAAUCUGCAUUCAAGGAAAGCGUCGAAUGGCGCGUGUUCUGUGCACGAAUACACGGGCAGCUUCCGCGGAGAACCAUGCAGAUUCAAGUUUACCUCUGUGUGUGGUCAUGUCAUGGGUCUGGACUUCAACGCUCGAUACAACAAUUGGGACAGAGUUGACCCGGUGGAAUUGUUUGCUGCCCUCACUGAGCAGAAGGAGGCCAAUUCCAAGCUACAAAUCCCACGACUUCUACAACAGGAGGGACGGGGUGUGGACUAUCUGGUUUUGUGGUUGGAUUGCGACAAGGAAGGAGAGAACAUCUGCUUUGAAGUCGUAGACUGUGUUCUUCCUGUCAUGAAUAAAAGCUCAAUGAGACAACAGACCAUAUUCCGAGCUCGGUUCAGUGCGAUCACAGACAGCGAUGUCCGAGGGGCAAUGGAGAGGCUUGUUGAACCCAACAAGAAUGAAGCGUUGUCGGUGGACGCCAGGCAGGAACUUGAUCUUAGGAUUGGAUGUGCAUUCACAAGAUACCAAACCAAGUUCUUCCAGGGUAAGUACGGUGAUUUGGACAGCACUCUCAUCUCCUAUGGCCCCUGCCAGACACCAACGCUGGGCCUGUGUGUCAAUAGACAUGACAAGAUCCAGGAGUUCAAACCAGAGCCAUUUUGGGUUCUACACACUGAGGUAGCUCAUUCCAGUGGUAAGAAUCUGGCUCUAGACUGGGAGCGGGUGAGAAUGUUUGACCGCGAUGUCGCCCAGAUGUUCAUGAACAUGAUCAAAGGACAGAAAGAUGCAAAGGUGACGUCUGUAACGCAGAAAGAAAAGGUCAAACAGCGCCCCCUAGCAUUGAAUACCGUGGAACUGAUGCGCGUAGCGAGUGCGUCGUUGGGUAUGAGUCCCCAUCAUGCAAUGCAGAUUGCCGAGCGGUUAUACACGCAGGGUUACAUCAGCUACCCAAGGACGGAGACGACACACUACCCGGAGAACUUUGACUUGAAGGGUACUCUGAAGCAGCUGCAGUCCAGUCCCUGGGGUAGUGAGAUCAGACAGCUGUUAGAUCAAGGUAUCAAUCGACCGAGGAAAGGCCAUGAUGUGGGCGACCAUCCUCCUAUCACACCCAUGAGAUGUGCCUCAGAGAGCGAGAUAGGAGGCGAGGCAUGGCGAUUGUAUGAAUACAUCUUGCUGCACUUCGUUGCUACAGUCAGCUAUGACUGUAAGUACAUGCAGAAGACAGUGAGCUUCAUCAUUAACGAUGAGCGAUUCUCUUGCACCGGUAAGACCGUCAUAGAUCCCGGCUACACAACGUUCAUGAAAUGGCAGGCAAUAGGCAGCAUGGAGACACUGCCUACAUUCAACGUCGGAGAUGUUUGCACUCUGAAUGAGAUUAAACUAGUUGAAAGGCAAACCAGCCCACCAGACUACCUGACUGAGAGUGAACUCAUCACACUCAUGGAGAAACACGGUAUUGGGACCGACGCUAGUAUACCGGUUCACAUUGAGAAUAUCUGCCAACGCAAUUACGUGAAGGUGGAGAGUGGACGCCGACUGGUACCCACUCGGCUGGGCAUUGUUCUCAUCCACGGAUAUCAGAAGAUCGAUCCAGAUCUGUCGCUACCUACGAUGCGUUCAGCUGUUGAGGAGCAGCUGAACCUGAUAGCCCAAGGCAAGAUUGACUAUCACGUCGUCCUGAAGCACACGCUGGAUAUCUUCACUAGGAAAUUCCAGUACUUUGUGGAGCAGAUACAGGGCAUGGACGAGCUCUUUGAAGUGUCCUUCUCUCCACUGGCUGCUACUGGCAAACCACUGUCAAGAUGUGGUAAGUGUCACCGUUUCAUGAAGUAUAUUUCCGCCAAGCCCUGCCGUCUGCACUGUGCGCAGUGUGAGGAGACGUACACACUGCCUCAGAAUGGAGCCAUCAAACUCUACAAGGAAAUCCGAUGUCCGCUGGAUGAUUUUGAGUUGGUGCUGUGGUCCUCGGGACCCAAGGGAAAGAGUUAUCCCGUCUGUCCAUACUGCUUCAGUAACCCUCCCUUCCCUGACAUGCGUAAGGGGAUGGGAUGCAACGAAUGCACCCAUCCAACCUGUAUGCACUCCAUCACCAAGCUAGGCGUGGCUCAGUGCAUAGAGUGUGAUAAUGGAGUCAUGGUACUAGACCCGUCGUCUGCACCCAAAUGGAGACUCGGUUGCAACAAGUGCAACGUGAUUAUGAACAUCUUUGAAGAUGCCCAUCGCAUCUCUGUCGCCGAUUAUCAUUGUGAGAAAUGCGAGGCAGCCAUCUUAGAUGUGGACUUCAAUAAGACGAAAACACCGCUAGCCGACAAUAAGACACACCACUCCGGCUGUAUGUUCUGUGAUCCGGUCCUGUCGCCGUUAAUUGAAGCCAAGCACGCAAGCAUGCACCGCGGUAGGAGAGGAGGGGGCAGAGGAAGGGGGCGUGGCAGGGGGCGAGGUAGGGGGCGGGGUCGAGGCGGCAAAGCACCCAAAGAUAAAAUGUCACAGUUAGCCGCCUACUUUGUGUAGGGAUGCUGUCUUACGACAACAGUUGUGACAUCUGAGAUUCGCCAAAAAAACAACAACAAGAGGCUAAACAAAUAUAUAAACUUGCUCCUCAGGCCAAAAAAAAAAGUCUCCGGUUUCUGGUAUGGAGCUUGC